AUAAAGUUGCUCGCCCGAUGGUGUGCUUAGCCUCGUUGAACUACACGGCCAUCUUGCUGGCGUUAUCCAUCUACUGCUUCCAUAUUUAUAGAAGCUUGUUCCCCCCUCCUCUGCAUCGGACGUCUACCGCCCAUUGUGGAUUCUGCUCUCAUCCCCUAUUUACUCCAACCAGUAAUCCCAUAGUGGACACUACAUCGAUACUUACUAUAACAAAAAAAAUAUAAAAGACCUUCUAUCGUUCAGAAACCUCCUUCCUUUCUCCCUUCCCCAUCGCCCUGGUGGACAGAGUAAUUGCUCUCAUAUAUUUAUCAAGAGUUUUACUCAUCUCAUCGUCUUGCAUCGUUUGAAACCCCACCUCCCGAAGUCUCUCUGAAUCCCCACCAAGCCAAAACUCCCCCAUCUUAGCUUCUCCUCUCUCAGCCCAAUCCUCGCGACGCUAGUCCACUGCGUUGCACUAGUCCUCCUUGAGCUUGUCUCUUUCCCCCGCACAUCCCCUUCGUCGUAUUUUCCCGGUCACCGUGACUUUUAAGGUCUCCGCUGCCUAAGUGUCAAACCUCAGGAUCGAAAAUGGUAACGAACACGGGGAAGACCGCUCGAUUCUGGGCGUCUGUUGCCCUAAUGGCGAAUCUGACGAUCGUCAAGAUGACUGGAGCUUUAUCCGUAGAUGUGUCUGCUAUACUAGCAAAGGGAGACGAAAUCAACUGCUCUUUGAACAAAGAUUGCGAUCCAACCGAAUUGUCCCAGUCUAGCUACGAAAACUACUUCAAUACCGACAAAAGUAGUUGGAACUCGUUAGGGUUGGAUCCGAAUUUAUUGCACAUCAAUGAGAUAGCCUUCGGAUUUGUUCCUGCGUUUCUAGAAAAGGAGAAGCCCAAUAAACCUGAAGAUAUCAACAAGAAGUUAUUCAAACCCAUGUCCAUUAUGGGUGACUACGUUAGUCUGUCGUCUUGGGAUCCGAAACUGAAAGCCGUUGAUUGGCAUAUUGAGACCGUGAAAAACUUGGAGGGAAACCCAGUUUGGUGCAUUGCUCUGAUGCCAUCGGAGGGACUUGACAGCGUCAACUACGAGAUGGUUUACAGAAUCGCGGCUAAGAUGAAACAAGUCAACGACCUCGGCAUCACUGUUUGGUUGAGAUUUGCUCACGAAAUGAACGGUGCAUGGUAUUCAUGGGGCAUGCAGCCAGAGAAAUUCAAGAACAAAUGGCGAUUAUUAGCCAAGGAAAUUAAAAGAGUUACUACCAGAACCUACAUGCUCUGGUCUCCCAAUGCCAUGUUUGGAGAUGGCAUUGACAAAGUGCGGGGAGGUUAUACGCCCUACUGGCCCGGAGAUGGGUAUGUCGAUAUCUGCGGUCUCUCGUUCUACCACUGGGGAAAGGGUGCUGUCCGAACAAAUGUAAAGCCUAAGGAUAAAGAGGCAAUUACAAAACUCUAUGAGUUUGCCCAGAUCUACGGCCCAAAUGGAAUGGGUAAACCUAUCAUAGUCGCAGAGACUGCUGCCUGUUACACUACACUUGCUGGAACUUCUCAGUCUGUUGGGGGCGGCGAUUCCGAGGUGGAUAUUAAAAUGACUUGGCUCCACCUAUUAGUCGACCGAUACAUGAAGCACACGGUACCUGGGCUCAAGGCUGUGAUUUGGUUUGAAGUCAUGAAAGUAGAGGCUGCACCUGGAACCGGGGAAAUGCGUAACGAAGAUUUCCGAUUGGUCGUCGGAAACUCCGAUGUGUCAUGGGCGGUUCGCCAGCUCUUCGCGAGUUACCACUCCAAGGAACUUUCCAAAUUCUCUGAACAUUAAUGACCCAAAUCAUUUUUUUUCUUCGUGAAAUUUGGGAAGUCACUCUUCCAGUUCCCUUCUAAGCCUUCCUCAAAUUUUCGUUACAUUCCAUCAUUCAACUGCAGAAGUCAUGAGUUUUUAUUUAUUUAUUUUCUCCACCCGGUUUUCUUUCGAGUCCACUCAUCUCACCUCAACCAACUUGCGUCUUUCUAUGAGCUCAGCCGGUAAAUAGAAUCAGUGAUUUUGUUGUACCGUUUCUUUUCCGAUUGUCUUUUGAAAAGCUCCACGACCACUUGUUGCUCCGAUUUAUUUAUUUUGUCACCUCACGUUCCAUGCUGCCAUCAAAACACGAACUGCAAUGAACAUUCUCAUUCUCUUGUUGAGCAUAUCACCGCC